CCUCUCCGCUCCCCCCCCCCGCGUCCCUGCGCUGCCCGCGGAGCGAAAAGCCACAGCGACAAGAUGGCCGACGCCUGAAGCCCGUCUUCUCUACGGCAUGAAACCGUGAGUGAGUGGGACACUGCGGGAACCACCAGCCGGCUUUUCCCUCUUUUAUUUUUGUUCUUUUUCUUUAUUUUUUUCUUUUAGCCGCCAUUCCAUUCCACAUCCCCUUUCCUUUAUCCUUCGCCCCCUCCCUCACAACUAGCCAACAGCUAGCCUGACGUUUUUUUAACUACUUAGUUACGUUGCAAACAACUAUUCUCCACCUGGUUGGCCUGACUGUAUUCCGCCACAACCAGCUAGUUAUGCGCGUGGGGUAGUUUACUGGUUAGCUGAAUAGCCGUAAAGCUAGCGGGGUCGACAGUAGUCUGUAAACGUUGCUGUGCCGAAGGGCUAAGGGUGCUAGCUGCCGUGUGUGGUGUGGGUGGUUAAAAAGCCUAUAUAACGGGUAAACGCGUGAGGAUAUGGCAGCCUGACAACCAUUAUUGCAUUUAUUCACUUGUUAUACAUCGCCAGGCAUAAGACCAAGCCGGAGGAAACGGUCCAAACGAACAUAACAGCGCUAUACUAAGCUAGGCAGCUAUCCACCCUCUUAGCUAUCCAGCUAUGUGGGCUCCUAGUUAACGAUCUGGUUAACCAGUUAAUGGGCAUACCAGUGCUGUCGCGGGUUAGCGGUUAACCCAUCCGAAGGAUAGGUAGUUAAGUAGUAAGCUCAGAACUGGUAUAGUAUAGAAAAGAAGAUAACUAGCAGCUACAUACACAUGCUAGCAUAGCAAAAUAACGUGGCUAACGUAAAUCCGCUAGUUGGGGUGGUUUAUUUUUCUCAAACCGGUUAUAUCCAUAUGCCCUGUAGUUAAAUAUUGAUACUUGUAAUGUGUAGUAAGUUUUAAAUAAAAAACAUUAGUGUGAUUGGCGAAGAAACGUAAGACCGGUUAACUAAAUUACUGGCUACCUCCAUCAGUUGAAAUAGUUUGUGGGUUUUCGUCACUGACGUUUUCAGAGUCCCUAGACUAAUUCCCCAGAUUACAGUCCCAGAUUCGUUUUUUUUCUCCCAUAUUACAGCCCCAUGUUAUAUUUUUUUAGUUUAAACUCCCAGAUUACAGUCCCAGGUUAAUUGUUCAGGUGAAAAUCCCACAUUUCAGUCCCAGAAUAAUUUCACGGGUUAAAGACCUAGAUUACAGUUUCAGGCCCUCGCUGUCAUGGGGGUCCAGGGCUUCCAGGAGUAUCUGGAGAAGUGCUGUCCCGGGGCUGCUGUAUCCGUGGACCUGCUCAAACUUGGGCGGAGCACAAGCCGGCAAUCACCGCACCACCAUCACCACCACCCGAACUCGCUGCCCCCACCCCCCCCUCCGGCCCGCCUGCUGGUUGAUGCAGACUCUGGUCUGCAGCGGCUCUAUGGGGGCUAUCAGACCGACUGGGUGUGUGGCGGGCAGUGGAAUGCCAUGCUGGGAUACCUGGCGGCCCUGUCGCAGGCCUGCCUGUACCAAGGCGGCCUCGAGCUGGUUGUGAUCUUCAACGGUACUUUGGGGAAGGACCGCUGGCCAGAGUGGGCACGGCGGGCGCAGGCGCAGAGACAGACAGCACAGCUCAUCGUCAAUCAUGUGGGCAGCAAGGCCACACCUCCGCCCAGAGCGUGGUUUUUGCCCCCGGCCUGCCUGAGCCACUGUGUCCGCCUGGCGAUGCUGCGCUUCCGCGUACGGGUGGUUCAGACUCUCCAGGACCAUCACCAGGAGGUACUCUCCCUGUAUAGGGAUUUUGGAUUCCAGGGCUUGAUUGCCCAGGAUUCGGAAUUUGCUUUAUGCAAUGUUCCAGCCUACUUUAGCUCACAUGCCCUCAAGCUGUCAUGGAACGGGAAGAACCUGACCACCCAUCAGUAUCUGCUCUCUGAAGCGGCUCGACAGCUGGGCCUCAAAACCCACCACCUUCCUACCUUUGCUGCUCUGCUCGGGAAUCACAUUUUGCCAGAUGAGGACUUGGCUGCCUUCCACUGGAGUCUGUUAGGCCCCGAACAUCCUUUGGCCUCUCUUAAGGUGCGGGCUCACCAGUUAGUGCUGCCUCCGUGUGAGGUUGUGAUCAAAGCAGUGUCUGAGUAUGUCUCCUCGAUCAAGGAUCUUGGAAACCUGGACGCUGUGGCCAGAGAUGUCUUUAAGCAGUCUCAGUCUAGGACAGAGGACAAGGUGGACAGGUUUAAGAAGGCAGUGGAGUAUUUCUCAGUGGCCAGUAACCCUCGACCGCUGUCUGUGGGGCCCACGCCAUACCUCUUUCCCGGCUUUGGUUCUGGUCCAUUUGGGGGUCACUCUGGUCACAUUGGGACCAUGCAGCCUGGGAAGCCUCAGGUGACAGGUGGCAAGGUGCCUUAUCAUGCUGCGCCAUAUGGACAUGGCUGUGCUCCUGGGCCAGCUCUCUUGUUCCAAAAUCCACCACCUCCCGCACAAGACUGCACCGAUUCAUUGGUGGGAAAGACAGGCUUUGCCGAUUGGUCGGCUCCUUACGACUCAUCUCAGGGGGGAGCCAGGACACCCAAUCACCACACAGCUGCUCCUUCAGGUCAAUCUCCUUCCCCAUCGUCUUCCUCUGAUGGGGAGGAACAAAAUGACGCCAGCAACCAUUUGGCUGACAAGUCCUCCAGGUGGGAGGAUCUUGGCAGCCGCGGGGGUGGAGCUUCAGGUGACGGCCCUAACGGGAACGGGAGCGGCCCCUCGAUUCCAUCGCUGCUCUCUAUGGCGACACGAAGCCACAUGGACAUCACCACACCCCCUUUGCCACAAGUCAGUGCAGAGGUGCUGAGAGUAGCUGAACACCGACACAGGAGGGGGCUGAUGUACCCCCAGAUCUACCACAUCCUCACCAAGGGGGAGAUGAAGAUGCCGGUGUGUAUAGAGGAUGACUGUAACCCUGACCUCCCUCCUGCGUCGCUGCUCUUCCGCUCCGCCAGGCAGUAUGCCUAUGGAGUGCUCUUCAGCCUGGCGGAGACCCACAGGAGGCUGGAGAGGAUGGCAAUGCGCAAGAGAGCCCCUCUGGAGGUUCCCCCGGUGAUUGUGAAGGAGUGGUGUGCCAGCAAGGCCAAAUCCGCACUCACCCCGGAGCUCGUGCCGGCGCUGUGCUUCCGCGAGUGGACCUGCCCCAACCUGCGGCGCCUCUGGCUGGGCCGGGCCUCCGAGGACCGCAGCCGCCGCACCCGCGCCUUCCUGGCCUGCAUGCGCUCCGACUGCCCAGCCCUGCUCAACCCUGCCAACGUGCCCUCGCACCUGCUGCUCAUGUGCUGCGUGCUCAGGUACAUGAUGCAGUGGCCUGGAGGCAGAAUCUUGCAGCGUCAUGAACUGGAUGCCUUCUUAGCCCAGGCCGUGUCCCGCCAGUUAUAUGAGCCCGACCAGCUGCAGGAGCUCAAGCUGGAGAAGAUCGACAGCCGCGGCGUCCAGCUGGCCUCGCUCUUCAUGAGCGGCGUGGACACGGCCCUCUUUGUCAAUGACGUGUGCGGCCAGCCCCUGCCCUGGGAGCACUGCUGUCCCUGGGGCUUCUUUGACGGCAAGUUGUUCCAAAGCAAGUUGGCCCGGGCCGCUCGGGACAGGGGGACCCUGCUGGACAUGUGUGAGGGCCAGGAAGAGCAGGUGUCUCGAGUGGAGAAGAUGCGGCAGGCGAUUCUCGAGGGGAUCAAUCUUUCCCGCCCUCCCCCGCCUCCACCACCUCUCCCUCCUCCUGCGUUCCUCCCUCCCACUGUGGUUCCGCCCUUUUACCCUCUCGCUCCCAUGUACCCUCCCAGGCCCUUAGGCUCUAUGCCCCCGCCUCCUCACCACCACCACCACCCUUCGCCGCACAGGCCGCGCACAUUCCCAGGCAUUCAGUCCAUUCCCCCCCAGGGAGGGAAGCUGGAAAUCGCUGGUAUGGUAGUUGGCCAAUGGGCUGGGAACAAGCCUGCACGUGGGAGAGGUGGAUUCAACAUGCAGGUGGUGUCGGUUGGAGGAGGGAAAGGGAGGGGCAAAGAAGGCCUGGGAAAAGCAAGGGGUGGGAAAAAGCCAACCAAUAGGACGCAGACCUUGCCCGCUACCCCACCCUCUAUUACCCCGCCAAAAGCCACUGAAGAGAUCAAGGGGGCAAGGAGACUUUCUGAGGGGGAGGUUGACGGAGGUGUGCCUCAGCACGUGAAUGGCAACUCUCCAGCACCAGCCAUUGUCCAGCCUCUAGACCCCCCACCUCUGGUCCAGCCAAUCCAGUGUGCCUUAGCCAGCAGAGACAACCAAUCAGGAGACAGAGUGGAGACGGAGGCACCUUGUUGCCUUGAUGAAAGCUCAUCAGAUGGAGCUCUACAGAAGGAAGAGUGAACUCAUGCCAGAACGUAAUAAGGGGGAGAGGGAGUCCUUGUGAUGCCUUUGCCAUGGUAAAUUCUCUUCAAGGGCUGCUGUAGCCAUUUUGCCAAUCAUUCGCACUUACAUCCUUUUUGUCAUUUUACACUGAGCAAUUUUAAUUUGGAAUGACACACAAGUGUUUCCUGACAAGAACAGAAAGACCUAUUUAAGCCAGUAAAAAAUAAAUCACUUAUCUAGAUUAGCUCUUGGGCGUGGGUAAGCAUUUGCCCACUCCUAGUCCCCUAUCCCAAAAAUAACCACACUCUGUUUUCAAAAUGGCUACAGUUGUCCGUGAAUUCAAAAUAUUUUGAGAAGCAUAACCCACGUCAGUCACAUUUUAAGAGAGCAGUGUAGUGUAGACAUUACAGCAACAGUGUGUAAUGACGAGUAGUGUAGAGAUGAUUGCAUUGAUACAGCACAUUGGUACAGUAGCUCUGUACUAAAUUGCACCAGACUGUGCUGUGUGUUGUGUUACUGUAUGAGGCCUGUAACUUGGGUAAGGCACAGUAGGGUCAAAGAUCUUAGUCCAAUAGCAAAUGUGUAACAAAACUAAGUGAAGCAACAAAAUGAGAAUUGAGAGUAGAUAAGUUGUCUUUUUAUUGUAUAAGAUGUUAGCCACAGUCCAAGUCUCAAAAUCUUGUUUUUGACACCUGAGAAAGUAUUAGAAGCAUGAGAGGUUGACUUGAGAAGGUUCGCGGUGCUGUGCUGAGUAAAUUGAACGGAUGGAGGGUAAACGUACGCAGUGUGGGCUUCAGCAUGACUGCACUCCCGUGACAGCUUGUGGCGAACACUCUAUCUGACAAUCAAGCUUGUCCUCAGCCUGGUGCAGCCUCAGACUUGUGCAGCGGAGUGACUCCUGUCCCGUCUGCACAAGCUAAACAAACACAGCCAACAAAAGGACUUCCCUUUGCAAUUAACAUUUUUGUGCACCUUGUUUUCAGAGUGAUUGUAUGCUGCCUCCUACAAAUUAAUGCAAAUUUAUUUUUCAAGUCUAACUAAUGUGACUCUAAACAUUUUGUGUAUAUUGACAAAAAUAUACCUAUUUCUUUUAAGUACUCUGCACUCAGAAUUUUAAUAAGAGAUGUUACAAUUUAUGCAGCCCAAUCUUAAACCACAUAACUGGUUUAAGUAAACUUUUUAUUUAUUUCAUUGUAUAUUGGCCAUGAAAAUUAGUUUUAUUCUUAUGGAAAGACAAAGACCAAGUUAAUACAGAUUUGAUGAGUUUAUAUAAUAUAUAUGUAUUUAUUUCUAAAGUACCUUUGAGAUUUACAAUGAAAAUCUAAGAUGUUUUGUUAAAAAUCAGUUUGAAUGUGAGAACAAAGUGAGUAAAUUGUGGUUUUGUAUGAAAAUAAAUAUCACUUUAUUCUCAUGUAGGAUAAAAUGAGGCCUAAGUUGAAACCCCAAAAGUGGUUUAGACAAAAUUUCCUGUUUGGAUUUCAUAAUUGAAAAACAGUUCCUACCAUUUGUUAUGAUUUUGAAGAGAAAAUAUUUCCCUGCUACCAAUUUAACUGCAUACCAAAUUAAAACAUGGGCAGCCUCGUAAAAAAACAUAAUGCUUUAUGUUAUAUAUUAAUCCCCCAUGCUGUUAAACCAGGUGGCAUGAACUUGUGAAGACAUUGAUUGCCAUGAGUAAUUGCCUUUACUUGUUUUCUUAGGGCAUACCUGGUGUUAUUUGUGGCUAAUGUGUUUAUUAAUGUGGAUAGAGCCAUUAUAACCCAAAUUACUGCAGAGACUGAAAUUCUUAGCUUUGCUGAUUUCAUGCUUUACUAUUGGCCAGCUAUCGGGAAGAGGGCAGUUAUAACUGUCAGGCUCUCAUUUCUAUUAGGAGGGAGUCAUUUCAUUUGUUUAAUCAUUUACCUAUCAACAGAUCCAGUUAUUAGCCAAACAGUACUACUUGGCUAUCCAAAGAUGCAUGUAAUGACUUAAUCGAAUACACUUAGAUGGGUGUAAAAAUUGAAAAAAUAAUGUGCAUUGCAUUGUACAAAAAGGAUGGUAUAAGUAUUUCAUCCUCUGUACUCUAUGCUAUAGUCCAUAGCCUUUUUGCUGCUCUUGGCACUGGAUGAUGUCUGAAAUUACCUGUUUGUUUAAAAGAAUAUUUUUUUUUGCCAGCAGAAAUCCGUAAACUCAGUUGUCAUAAUUAUCAGAAUGACAGCAAGUAGUAAUUUACAAAUGACAUGUAUAUUCAAAAAAUGUGAAUUAAUGUACAAGUAGUGCCCAGGUGAAAUGUAAGUGUAACACUAAUAAUAUAGCUGAGAAGACUAUACUGAACUAUUUUAAACUUAAGCCAAGAAGCCAGGACACUGGGCAUUGUACCUUUAGGAAAUAAAUGCCCAGAAUGUUCUGAUUAACUUUAACUUUAAAAGUCAGUUUCAAGCACCUUACUUUUAAAUAUUUUAAAACUAUUUUCAGAAAAUUACUUAAUGAUAAAUUUGACUAUACCCUUUAUUUAUGAAGUAUAUUUUUUGAACCCAAGGUAAAGAAUUAUUAACACUGAAUCACUUUAAAUGGCCCAAUUCAUUGUUCACCUUAUCAAAUAAUCAUAAGCAAAGACUGAAACAACAGGUUUCGUAUUUGUUGUUCUUAAUAAGUCUAGAUUAAACAGUGUUAUGCUUUGCUGUGUUUCCUAGCGUGUAAUGCAUUAGACUGGAACUGUAGGCAGACAUAAUGAAUACCAGGUGGGCUGUAGUCUGAGCCACAGUAGGUUGGACUGGACUGUGAACCUAGUACAGUAUGUAUAGUACAGUUCAUUAAAUAGGUAAAGCAUUUUAAAAAUACAAUAGUUGACCUUGACAUUGUCCUCCUUUUGUGCAUGUAUACACACCGACACACAUACCACACUGAAUCCACAACUGCCAUCUUCUUGUUAAUGUUCUGUAUCUCUGUAUAGUUUUGGUGAGUCCUGUUGGUGAAUGUAGGUAAGCUAUCACUUAAUUAUGCAGAUACACUUCCACUCUUAAAGUGGAGUAUCAUGGAUAUUUAGAAAUGCAUAUAGCGAUGUACAAACAGUCAUACAGUGCUUAAGGAGGAGACCAUGUUCACCCACAUUUAAAUCCGAGCCUCUCCUGUAGCUGAUGGUAUGAAAUGUGGCUGUCAUGCAUUUGGUUUGUCAUAGUAGAUGCAAGCUUAGCACCCCCCCCCCCCCACUACUCAAAAAUAAUAAUAAUAAUAAUAAUAAAUCACCAGAAACAAAGUAAUACGUUUCACAGAAACUUGAUGUGAAUGGCAUACAGCAGCUGUAUGAACAACAUGAAAUGGAAACAGUGCAAACUUGGCAUGUACUGACAAACCACAUGUAUAAGCAGUCACUGUGCACCCACAGGUGGGACACCUGGGCCUGAGUGGAACUUACUGGUCAUAUUCCUAGAUGUACUACACACCGUUGAGUAGAAGACUUACUGACAAUUGUUUGUUUGUAGUUAUGUGAAUUAUAUCCUGUUUCUGGUUCCUCUAAAAUAACUUUGUCUCCAACAUUUCUAAACCAUCUCCCACUUUUUCCUCGUCUCCCCAACAAAAUUAACAAAUUGAAAUACACAUAAUGAGGAUGUAUGUAACAUUCUAAAGAUGCUAAUUAAAUAUUUCCAGCAGUGUGGAGCUAAAAGUGUUUCUUACUAAUGUUAUUACUACCACUAUCUGUACACUGUUGCUUAUUGUUAGUAUUGAAAUGCGCUUUAGCACAAGUAGACGAUUUGUAACCUGUAUCAAUUGCGGUUUUUUCCCUUGCUUGUAUUUUAUAUGAAAUUGUUUGACUGCUUCACCACUUUGAUGUAACUAUUGCAAAAUUUGAUUGCUACACCCUGCUGUUUCGGGUUUGUUUUUGUUGGUAGCUGCCCUUUUAUUGCCUUACAGAAAGCACAAUGUUACGGAGGACUUAUUUGUGGGGAGAAGGAAAAAAAAAAACAAGAACCAAAAACUUGCUUUCAAGUUCUUUCAACCGAGAUUUGUUUAUUCCAAAAAAAAAAAAA